AAUGAAUAUACAUAGAAUAAUCACAGUUAGAAUCAUAAAGUUUCUUGAAUCAUGAGUAAGGAUGAAAGAUUCCUUAAACAUGUGUUUUCAUGAUUGAAAAAAGGAAGAAUGUAUAUUGGGAAAAUAAAAAUUACCUGUCUCUAUGAAGAUCUUUAAUAUUUGGUUAGAAAGAAAUGAUUGCUAAAAUACCUGUUGGCCAGCAGGCACUGUAUUCUGACGGAUCGGAAAAUCUCAGUGGUUUUGUGAUGUUUGUCGUGCGCGCGUGUGUGUGUUUGUGUACAUCAAUGUGGUGGGAGCAAAGUUUUCCCCGUUUUCUCGUUGACGGCAUAGGAUUUUUUUGCGCCUGAACAUGUUAUCAUGUAGUUCUGCAAAAGUACUUUCGUGGACGGAUAUAAGCGUUGUGUAAUUUGUUCCGAUCGCUGAUUGAUUACUGCAUUAUUGUUUGGUUUGGAAUCAGUAUAAGUGGCAGCCGCUUUGUAUCCGCAGGUGUGUUCCGAUCCGAACCAGACUGAGAAAACGGAAUGGACAUUAGAUCGAAAAUUUGAAGCAGAUAGAAAUUGUUUUGUAAAGUAAGGCGGAUUCUGACGCGCGAGAGCCUAAUUACAGCGCGAUUAUUUAAUCAUGCCGUGCCAAAAUUGCUCGGGCCCAGCGGUCAAGGGUCUUGAUUGUCUGAAUUGGUGAAAUUGCCAUUGAGCAGAAAGUGUCGUGAAUGUUUUUAACACUGGAGUUUUAACGUGUUUUUAUUGUCGAUUGAAUGGAUUUAAUUCGCGUGUGCCGUGUAGCUUCGCAUGUAGUUUCUCCACACACGCCCGAAGGUUUUUGUUGCUCUGGUCCCGAUCGGACACAAACAGGUUGCGUGUGUGAGUGCCCAAGCGCUGUGCAGUUACGUCGACAGUCUGCCGAAUUUCCUUCGCAGGGGGUGGAAUAGUGGAAGGUCCAGGAAAACACCGGCUGCUAGGGAGGGCAGGGUAGCAAGAUGGCGGGGUCAUUAACGUGGUCGUGUACUUGUUGCCUGCGAUUCAAGUUCAGCCCCGAGGAGAUUGAGCAGCGAUACAAGAGCCAGGAAAUAGAUCGCAUGCUCGAAAAAGAUCGACAGGCCUUUCGACGACAGGUCAAGUUGCUGCUCCUUGGGGCUGGGGAAAGUGGCAAGUCCACAUUUCUCAAACAAAUGCGAAUUAUACACGGUAUCAAAUUCGAGCCUGAACUUGUGAAAGAGUAUCAACACGUUAUUUAUCAAAACAUUAUCAAAGGAAUGAAGGUUUUGGUUGACGCUCGUGAUAAAUUAAACAUCCCUUGGGAAAACGCUAAGAAUUAUGACAUUGGUUAUCAACUACUUAAAUUCGAAAAUACAAUGAUUCUAGACGCCAGAUUAUUUCUCCACUACGUACCGUCUUUACAGAGCCUUUGGAAAGACAGUUCUAUUAGACGGGCAUUUGACAGGCGAAGGGAAUUUCAGCUGAGUGACUCUGUACAAUACUUUCUGGAUAACCUGGACAGGAUUGCUCGAGUGGAUUAUACACCUACUCAUCAGGACAUUUUGCACUGCAGAAAAGCAACCAAAGGAAUAUCUGAAUUUGUUAUACCAAUCAAUAACAUCCCAUUUCUAUUCGUUGAUGUUGGAGGUCAAAGGUCACAAAGACAAAAAUGGUAUCAAUGUUUCGAUUGCGUAACAUCGAUAUUAUUUCUUGUCUCUUCAUCAGAAUUUGAUCAAGUUCUACUAGAAGACAGGCGGACCAACAGACUUGAGGAAUCCAGGAAUAUAUUUGAUACGAUUGUUAACAAUAUGAUUUUUGGCAACGUCUCAAUUAUUUUAUUCCUAAACAAAACGGAUCUUCUUGACAAAAAAGUGAGAUCACCGGAUACCGACGUUCACUGGUAUUUUCCACAAUUCAAAGGUGAUUCACAUUCCAUGAAAGACGUGCAAAGUUUCAUAUUAGACAUGUUUGUAUCAGUAAAAAGGGACCCAAGAAAGCCACUCUUCCAUCAUUUUACAACUGCAGUCGACACGGAAAAUAUUAAAGUGGUUUUUAAUGCAGUAAAAGAUACAAUUCUCCAUCGUAAUUUACAAUCACUCAUGCUGCAGUAAUGUUAACUCUCGUGGAUUGGUAAGUCGUGCAAUCCAAAAAUUAAACCUAAUAUAGAAACCUGAAUAUAUUAACGGACACUGCAAAAUGGCAUUUUGUAAUUUUUUUACAAACACCACAAUACUGAUUAGUAGGUAACUUAAGACAAUAUAUUUAACGAUUUUAUAAAAUAAUAAUCUUACCUCCUCCAAUGUUAAAUUUUUCUAAUUAUUUGGAAUUAAAGGGAGGUAGAAUACUGCCUGCAAAAUGUGUAGACUGAAAAAUUUGAGUUUUUACACUCAAGAAAUAUUCUUGUAUUCUUUUUUGAUGCCAUUGAUUGGUGAAAAUUUGUGCUUAGAGAUUUAUUAGUGAAAAAUAUGUCGAACGGACAAUGUCUUUAAAUUGUCAUUAUAUUAAAAUUACAUUACAAAAAGUGUUGCUUAUAUUAAUAUAUAUUACUAUCAAUAUAUGAGGAAAAAUUUCAAAAAUCUUUUGGUGGAAAAAUAUAAUUUAUGUUUUUCCCAAAAACAUUUUUCAAAUUUCCCCCCAUAUAUUAAACUUUCAUUUAGAAAGUACUUUAUUGUUGAUUUUGUACUGUAGUUUUAAUAAAUGUAACGUAAUGGCAAAUUUAAAUGUGGUAAAAUAGCUACAUUUACAAAAAAAAAAAAAAAAAUGUAAAUAGUGAUUUGUAUUUUAGUUUACACGUUGUCAAUAAUUUUGAUAAAGAAUUUAUACACGUAUUUAUGCUUGUAAGAAUGAUAUACAUUAUAAAAAAGAGACCUCUCGUUGCUUGGAUUCAUUUUGUAUAGAUAUUUAAUCCGCGUGAAUAAAUAGAUGAGUUGGUCGUCUGACUUGACAAAAAUCUGCGAAUAUAUAAUUUAUUUCUUACUUAAGGCUUAUCUUUGUUAACAGUAUAUUAAUGCCACGUAACAAAGAAACCAAAUACUAGAUCCAUGCCAUAAAACCAAAUGAAACUAACCAGUUUGUGUUCAAAUUCCAAUGAACAAAACUUUAUUCUAGCGUUAUUUUUUAUUUAUUUUUUUUAACGCUGAAAUACGGCUUCUUAUAAAAUACAAACAAUUUCGAUGCAGCUUUUUUUUAAAUAUGCUAUCAAAAUAUACUAAAAUAGCAGCUCAAUAUUUGAGUAGUAAUACAUAUUUAAGUUCUUCCAAUAGGUGAACGUGCCAUGGACAAAAGUCAAAAAGACUUUAAAUUUCUGUCAGAAAUUAAAAGCGCGAAAUUAAUUAGAAUUAUAUAUUUGUAAAUAUUCGUACGUUGCAUACAUAUAAUUUAUUAUUAUAAAUUAUCUUUGAUGUUUUGUUCAAUUUUUGAGCCAUACUGAAAAAGGCCAUCUAAAUUAUCCCGAAAUUAUGUUUAACUUAAUUAUGUUAAAAUACAUUUAUUUGAAUAUUAAUUUAUUAAAAAAAAAAGUUUAUCAAAAAAUUGUCAAUAUACAUAUCUUAACAAUUUUUUCGAUAAAUAAAAAUGUUAAUAAAUGAAUAUUUGAUUGAAUAGAUUUGAAAAUUAUUAAAAAUAUUUAAUGUUUCGUUAUUUGAAAAUCAGAAAAAAAUAUGUCGAUUCUAAUUUUGUCUCUCGGUUAAUUCAAAUUUAAAUUAAAAUUGUUAAAGCUGAUGAUUUUUUUUAAAUUGUUUUAAAUCAAAAUUCAAAAAUAUUUAGACACCUCUAAACUGUCUCUAAAAUAUACUGUGUAACAAUAAUUCAAAAUUUUACAACUCCAUGAAUUUAACCGAUUAAAAAGAAAUUCUAAAAUGAAAAUGCAAGAAAACUAUUUUAUUUUCUGACGAUUUCAUGAAAAAUUAUUAUUCUAUCAAGAAAAUAAUAUUAUUUUAUACUCAACUUUUAAAUUAUUGUACUAAUUCUUUACAUCUUUUUUUCAGAAUUUUCUAACUUUUAACAUACAUUUUUUAUCCCUCUCAAUUGUAUAACUCAAAAUUUGUUUUAUCUAAAACAUUUUUAAAUUUUUUUCCAAGAAAAGCAUCGACAGAAAAAUUAACUUCUUUUAAUAUUCCUCGGAUAUUAUUUGCUGGAAAAAGAGAAACAUCUAUAGUCAGAAUUUCUCAAACGAAUCACCUAAAAUUUUCAAAAAGUAAUGUUUUUUUUAUUUCUAAUAUCAUUAAAAUAAGUUUCCAAAAUUAUUAGACAUAUUAUUAUUAACAAAUAGAAAUUUUUGUUAAAGUUAUUAACAAUUGAAAUUUUUAGCAGACUUAAAUAGAAAAAACUUUUCCUUCAGUUGCAAUUGACCAAUUUAAAAAAAAAGAAAGAACGUUUGCAUAUUAUUAUUAUUGUCAACAAUAAUUUUUGUUUAAAAUAGUUUUUUAUAAUAUUUAUUUAUAAAAUAUUAAGAAAAAACAAUGUUCUUUUUUUGUCUAAUAAUAAUAGGAACUUAUUUUGAUCAUACUGGAAGUCAAAAAAAUGAUUUUUCAUUGAAAAUCGAAUUUUUUAGUUUCAGGUGAUAUUCGUUUGAAAAAUUCUGACCCCAAUAGACUAAAAAAAAUGAAAACGACAAAUAAUGGGGCGCAUGAAUAUCUCAUAAAAAUCAUUAACUCGAAUUUUUAUUUCAAAGUAUUUUAUUAGAAAUAAUUAUUUUUUAGACGAAUUUUCAAUUUACGAAUUAAAAUUUGACAGAAUUUCUUUUUAUACGAAUUUUUACUUAAGAAAAUUAUUAGUUACCGAAUUUUUAUAUUAUAGUCAUUUAAUUUACAUGGCUUUUUAAUUUAAUCACCGAAUUUUAUUUUGCCGAAAUUUUUAUUUGUACAAAUUUUCAUUUGUCUAAAAUUACAAAUGGUAGAACAAACAAUUGACAGAAAGAUUCCGGCGUAAUUUUUAAAAUUUGACCAAUUAGAAAUUAUCAAGAAAAUUGUGAUUGAACAGUUUUAAAAAUUGCGCAAAAAUCUUUCUGUCGAUUUUUUGUUCGGUCAUUUGUAAUUUUGGACAAAUGAAAAUUCGGUGUCAUAAAAAUUCGUACAAAAUAAAAAUCAGUGAAUUGGAAUUUCUUUCAUUUAAAAAUUCGAUUGAAUGAGAAUUCUGUUAGAUUAAAAUUCUUUCAAAUAAAAAGCCAUGUAAAUUAAAUAACUAGAAAAUAAAAAUUUUGACAAACAAAAAUUCGGUAGCUAAAAGUUUUGUCAAGUAAAAGUAUAAAAAGAAAUUCUGUGAAAUGCUAAUUCGAGAAAUGAAAAUUCAUCUAAAAAAUAAUUAUUACUAAUAAAAUACUUUUAAAUAAAAAUUCGAAUUAAUACUUGUAGUUGUCCGGUUUAUUUUAAAUUAAAUGCUUUUAAUUGUUUUAUCUUGUAUAUAAUAUACUUAUAUUUAAGUGUUAAAACUAAAUAAUGGUGUGGAAUUGUCUAAUGUUUAACCCCUUAUCUAAUUGAGAAAAUUUUGUUAAAAUCUUUAAUUUUAUUAUAAUUGGUAUUUUUCUUAAUGAUACAGUUUUACAUUCCUAAAGUAUUUGAGAGAUUUAGUUUUUCAUUAUUGUUAUUUAUCUAAUCUAAAAUUAUUUUUGAAAUUAAAAUAUGAUUUCUUAUAGUAAUAAGAAUGUUUCGAUUGAGAGAAAUUGCGACGAAAGUUGAAGCUGCUCUCCUUUUACAAAUUGUAUACAAGAGAACAUAAUGUACAAUAAUUUGUCGAUAAGAUAUUAUUUGCGGCAACUCAUAAAAAUGUCAAGUGUCGAUACUUAAAGAUUACAAAUCUUGAGUACUGAUAGUCGAUAGAAUAACGAAUCCACAACUUUCUCAGAAUCUUUACAUGUUAAUUUUGUUCUAAGCUUUAUAAAUACAUAUAAAUUGUUGAUUUUAUUAGGUAAAAAUAUUGUCUUUGUAUUUUGUAAAAACUGACUUUAAUAUUGUGAAUUCUCAUAUUCUGUUGAAUAUAUUCUUCCAGAUUAAAGACUCGGUUAAUGUUUGUAAACUUAUCACAAAAAAUAUCCCAUAAACGAUCAUUUAAGUUUUUAUACUUUAAGAACGAUAAUAAAAUUAUAUUAGUUUAGAAUUAAGUUUACUGUCUGUCUAUAAACAUUUUAUUUUUAUUAUUUUUUGGUUGGUGACAGUAUAGAGAUAAAACAUUUUACCAAUUUAAAGUGACGUUUUUGUAAUAUUUAUAUACUUCUAUAUUUUAAAUUGUCAUCAGAUUGUAAUAAUAUUUUAAGAGAAAUUUACUUUUUGUAAAGAUACAGAUACUUUAGCAUUUCUUUAAUACUAACGAUUAUUUUAGUAUUAUAUGUACUGAUAAAAAAAAUUUGAAUUUUUUAUAAAAAAUUAAAAAUUUCUUAAAAGAAGCAGCUCUAUUUUAUAUCGUCUUUAAUCGAACUUUUGAUAAAUUGUAUUGUAAUCAUUCAUCGAAAAUUUUAUAACAUUCGACUAAUAAUUUUGAAGAAAACUUUUUACAAUUUGUAUUAUUAAUUGUUAUAGAACAAUUUUGAUAUUGGUAUUUUAAGGAUAGUUUAUUAAGAAAUCGGAUUGUAAAUCCUUUUAUUAGCGCUGUCCAGUUUCUCCACUGAUAGCUGUUUAUACACAAGAAUUAUAUUUUGUUACAUUAUUUGCAUUUUAUUGUACAUGAUAUGAAAUGUGUAGAUAUAUCGUGCCUUUGUACAUUGUAUAUUUGUAAAUACAAAAUUUUACAUGAUUUAUUGUGUAACGUUUAAGGCAUUCACGCGAAUAAUAAAUAAAGUUUUAAAAAUAAUAACUCUUCUUUUUAUUGCAAUUAAUUCACUAGCAUGAUUACUAGGGGUUCUUUUAUUAUUAUUUAUUUAUUUUUAGUAUUAACGAGCAUAUAAACCUGGAGAAUGAUGUUAUCUUUGUGUUGAGUUCUUCUAAAACUAUUUCGAAAUUUUCAUGAAAUGGGUUCCAAUGACAAUAAAGCAAGAUUUUUAAUAAUUCAAAAAAUUGUUAGUCAGAGAAAAAGAACAAAUUAGUCAGUAGAGAAAUGUCAGGGAAUUUUGAAAAAUAAAUUUAAAGAAAAAAGUUAGCUUAUGAAUUUGUUUAAUUUUUAAAAAUUAUUUUUCUUUCGUCUAUAAACUAAAAGAUUGACGUAACUUUUACGUGUAUAGGGUCAGUUGGGGUAAAUGGGGACAAAAGGUUUUAGAGCUUAAUUUACAAUUUUAAAAUGAAGUUCAACGUCAAUAUAUUAACCUCAGAUCACCUGCAAGAGGUGUUGAGUAUUGCCAAGCUUUUAUCUUAACAAUUGGCAGCAAGAUAAAAAAAGUUAUCGCUCAAUGCAUAAAAACUUGAAAAUCAAAGUCAAACUGUUUCAGUAUUUUGUCGAGCAUUUCAAAGAAAACAAUCUUAAAAAUCAUACAAAAAUUUUUUCUUAUUCCUUAUGACUCCUUUAACAGAAAUUCACUUGAAUUUUUGAUUUUUGUCAAUUUGGUUAAUAAUGACAA